AUGAGUUCACGGGAGCCAACAGCAGCGAAUGUGGAGGCGACUGAAGUGUGUGUGGUUGUGAGCCACGCCGCAAGGAAAUUUCAGAUUACACUACCGGCUGCCACGGCAACUGUGGGUGACAUAAAAAAUAGAAUAGAGCAAAGCACUGGAGUGCCAGUGGAAAGGCAACGACUUUUGUUUGGUGCGCAUACCCUUAAACAAUACCGAAAUGGGGAUAUUGAAAAUGUGAGACUUAUUGAUAUCGUUGUGAAACCUAGUGGUCGUGCCAAUGAAAAAGGGAUCAAAGCACCCGCCGGCACCAACGACAAUCCAAAGGAGGGAAGGGAUGACAACAGCAGUAGCGGCAAUGGGACAGUAACUUUAACGUCGGGCUCCGUUAUUACGCUGCCGGUGAUGUUGCUAGGAACCGCAGCAUCAGCCCCUCAUGUUGAUGAAGAGGUGACAGCUCAACUCCACCGGUUGGUUACAACUACGUUAGAGCAUGACAGUCGAUGGUUCCGAUGCAGUUACGGCAAAGGAUAUGCGCGGCAAACCGCUUUUGUCUGUCGCACGUGUGUGGACAGUGGAGCUGCAGAUCCCUCUCACGCCAUUUGCUACGCCUGUGCAGAGGUGUGUCACACCGGUCAUGACGUUGAGGAAUGGGGCGUACGUUACUUCAUGCGUUGUGACUGCUGUACCCCUGUUUGCUGGAGAGACAUAAAGGUGAAUGGAAGUAAGGAGGAGUGGGAUAAAAAAGCUGUAAACGACCACAGUAGCGAAGGUAAUAGGGGCCAAGGGGAUGAGAACUCAAAAAUGUCCCGGGGGGUGUUGCCCCUGAUACGGAAAGCCGAAGAGACGCGUCAGCUGAAGAGGUGCUGUUUUAUAUUAGACAGCGAGACAAGUGAACCUCCUGUGUCGAGAGAGGCUGUUCCACUAAACGGCAGAAACAUUUACCCACGGUCGUCAUAUGCAUGGUGUUUCUGCUGUUGUGAGGAUGACUACCCACCGGAUGGGACGAAUGAGAGUGCAGGAGUUGUCUGUAUGCUUUGUGCCACAUGUUUCUGGAGUGCCCACAUCACGCGUCUGCACACGGGCAUGCUCAACCGCCUUCCCUGCCACGGGAAUUUGGUGGAGGGUGAUGUGGUGGCUUUCUACUGCGAAACGUGUAAAGGUGUUGUUUGUGGACCCUGUCGCCUUCGCUGCCACGCCGACCACGAAGUGCAAAAGGACGUAGUGGUCGCGCCAUACGAACAACACGGAAAGGGAGCUGUCGCAAAUUCACGAGACCACACAUUUAAAUGUGAGUGUGGCUGUUUUUCCAGUGAUAAAAGUGCUGGUGAUGACGGGCUUAAUGAUAGAAAUGCCUCACUGUUGCCACCAAAUACAGCAGUGGACAUUAUGAACAGCGACUCACUCAUUGGAUUCAUAUGUGCAUACUGCAUGCAGGAACAUCCAUGGCUUGCGGACAGGGAUUAUCGUUACUGCUACGGCGGGAAAUUGCCGGACCCCGUGCCAAAGGAACAACAUAAACCAAUAGUUUCGUGUAACUUUCCUCCUGACGCUGAGUGCCCCGACGACAGGUACCCUUUUCAUGGUAUGCUUUUCUCCGUUGAUGCAUUCACAGAGAAGAUGACUUGCAAAUGCGCACCGUGUCGUCAAGCAUAUGAGCGGUUUGCUCCUCGUACAACCACCACCGCCCAAGACGAGAUGGCGGUGGAGCUCCAUGAAGCUUGCGACCACUGCGGUCGGAACAUACGUGACGAAAACGCAUUUAUGUGCCAAACUUGCGAGUUAUGUUGUGGAAAGGCGUUCUUUGUUUGCCGCCGCUGCAACUCACUUCGGCUUGGUUUGAACCUGCCUACCCCGAGCAGUACAAACGAUGAGUCGGUGCACGGGAAUACGCAGGAGGGUAACACUGUCUCAUCUACCGAACAAGAGGAUGAACCCGCAUCGUGGGACCAUCCUUCAGAUCACGUAUUUCUUGAGGACACAUGCGAGAACCUCUUUAACCUUUGCGGAAUGUGUGUCGCACAUCACCUUGGGCCGCAAGCGGAGGAUCUUUCAUCUAUGGACGCAGAAUCCAUAGCUGGUACUGUCAUGACGGUGUUGCAACGUACGUUUGGUGAGGCCCCUCUCACAUUCGAUCCCAAGGACAUUGCUCAACACCACCAGUUGUUGCAGCAACAGAAAAAGAAACCAAAUGCCAGCGCAAACACCCAGUCUUCAUCCAAUGAACGUACAGGACGGCGUGUAUCACCAGCAUCGAUAGCGAAGGGAUGUAAACGUCCACGUAUUGAAGAAAGUGAGGAUGAUAGCGACGUUCGCAACGGUGUGAGUAGCGGCAGUGGUGCGCAUGACGGCGACGAUCAAAUUUAG